AUGUCUUUCUCAAUCCGACUGCAAGUCUCAAUCCUCAUCUUGGCAUUGUAUCCACUUGGAAUACAAGCUGCAUCGGUACCUAAACUGAAACAAGUCUCUGUCCUUGACUUGCUCGGUAACAGUACCAAGAUCAUCGAGUCUGGCAAUGUGACACAAAAGCACUCGCUGCCCGAGAUAGACGAGUCAAACUUCCAUGUUACAGAUGGGAUAAAGUUCUACAAUUACCCAGGGGGAAUCGACGUCCCAUCUGAAUUCUGGGAGGAGCGCAGCAUCGUCAAAAAUGACACAGGUUCUGACCUCGAAGCUCGCUAUUACACUCCACAAUGCCUUGAAGCAUGCUCAUGCAGUUCCGAAUGGACCACAAGCUAUUCAUGGGAAACUGUGAGUUACAGUACUGUGGCAGGCAAUCUUCAUAAAAUCUCGGACCCACUGUGUCCCCCUGGAAGUAUUUCAAACUCCUACACCUUAUCGUACUCGUACCAGCUCUCAGUCCAAGCCGGCCCAGACUUGAAAAUUCCUAUCAAGUACCUUGACAAGUUUGGCCUUCGAGCAGGCUUUUCCUACACAUGGGGCCAUGCUCAGACAACUGCUUAUACAGUAUCUUGGACUGAUUCCACCCAUCUGCAUCCUUUUAUCGAAACCUUCCGGCCCAACGUUUUUAUUGCAUCCGGAAUUGCUCGAAUGAUCAAAUCAGACCUCCGCUACGGCAGCGGCAAAGUCUGUAGCACAAGUGCGCCGAGUCAUAUCAAUGUUCAUCUUCCAUUAGUCUACGGCAGCAAUGACGACUGUCAAUCUUCGGGCAGCACAUGUGGCGCUAGUGGAAACUAUGACUCUUGCUUCUUCGUUGGAAAUUACGCGAAGGCGCUCUGCCCCAAUCGAAACCUAGGCCCAACACCUUACGAUCGUGAAUGUCCCAGCUACCUCUAUUAG